ACUGCGUCCGACAUCUGUUCCGAAAUAUUGUAUAAGCGCGCGCGUGCGUAUAUUUGUAUUUGGUACGUGCAAGAAGAGAGUGACAAAGAAAAGCAAUAAAAUCAAAGAGAAAAACAGAUAUAAUAAGAAAUUAAAAAGUGGCGAGUGUUCUUGCGUGCAUCGGCUGUGCAAUUUAUGCAAAAUCUUGCGCGUAACGUGGAUGUAUUUACGCAAGGAUUAAAAUACAGUAUAUCAGGACUAAUGAACCUCGCAAAUGAAACUAAUGAACCUGAAAGUGAUGUUUUCUUUGUUAACUUCAAUCAGGAUUAUACAUCUUUGGCAGUAGGGUCACAAGCUGGUUACAAACUUUACUCCUUGAACUCUGUUGACUAUUUGCACAUUAUAUAUGAAAAUGAUACCGAGGACAUACGCAUCAUCGAACGACUGUUCAGCAGCAGCCUUGUGGCAAUGGUUACCUUGUCGUCGCCUCGUAAACUCAGAGUCUGCCAUUUUAGAAAAGGAACUGAAAUUUGCUAUUAUAGUUACUCGAAUACCAUCUUGGCCGUGAAGCUCAAUAGAUCGAGAUUAGUAGUAUGCUUGCAAGAAUCGUUAUAUAUUCAUAAUAUAAACACUAUGAAGGUGCUACAUACAAUUCGAGAGACUCCGCCUAAUUUAGCAGGUCUGUGUACGCUAUCGAUAGUUAGCCACGAUUGUUAUUUAGCCUAUCCAGGCUCGAAUACAAUCGGAGAAGUUCAAAUAUUUGAUGCGAUUAAUCUUCAAGCUAAAACUAUGAUUCCUGCUCACGAUAGCCCAUUAGCAGCACUCGCAUUUAAUCCUAAUGGUACCAAAAUAGCUACUGCUUCUGAGAAGGGUACUGUAAUUAGAGUUUUUCAAGUUCAUGAUGGUACAAAACUAUUUGAGUUUCGACGUGGAGUUAAACGAUGCGUAUCUAUAAGCAGUCUUGCUUUUAGUAUGGAUUCAACGGAUUCUAUGUUUCUUUGUUGUUCGAGUAAUACGGAAACGGUGCAUAUUUUCAAAUUGGAGGAACCGAAGGAAGCGUAUGUAAAUUAUUUUUCCUUUUUGUGCUCCCAUUGUUGUUAUAUUUCAAUUGUACCUUGUUGGUACAGACUACGACAAGCUACGGAAGAAUCGCAAACUUGGAUGGGAUAUUUAACGAAGGCUGUGUCCGCGUCUGCUAAUUAUUUACCAUCGCAAGUAACCGACGUUUUUAACCAAGGACGUGCCUUUGCUAGUGUCCAUUUACCGUUUCAAGGUUUAAAGAGUGUCUGUGCCAUCACUGUUGUACAGAAAGUAUUUAGGUUGUUGGUGGCUAGUGCGGAUGGAUAUUUGUAUGUUUAUAAUUUGGAUACGACGGAAGGCGGAGAUUGUACACUUCUAAAACAGCAUAGAUUAGACGGAAAGCGCGACGAUGUAGAUUGUGCUAGCGUAUCUACGGCAGAAUCGGGAUCUGGAGAAACUCCCGCAGCAACUGCUACAGAAAUAGUACAAAAUGCAGCCUACAUAAAUAGCUACGCGGGUGUGUUAUGCGGAUGUUCGUCAAACUCCAUAUCAGACUCAGAGAAACAUCACGAGAUGAUAGCAGCGACCGAGAGUCCACCAACAUUUUCGUGUCCGUUCCGUUUGAACGACGAUGCUGAAUUUCCACCUAUUACACAAAACAUGGAUUGAGCGUAUUAAUUGAUUAAUGCAUAUCAGACAAUUUAAGAUGAAGAUACCAUUACAGACAACAGUGAUCGAAAUUAGUAGAGCAUCGAGGUGUACAGCCCCAAACCUAUAACUUUCAUGGUCACGGUUGAGAUUACGACAAAAUUAAUUUCCAACAAAAAUACAGGAAUAAGAACAACAGUCUAUCGAUGUAUAUUAGUUGUGUAAUUAAAUCAAAAAUUACUGUACACUCGUAUGAAUUUAUUCUGUUGUUACUUUAAAAGAGCUCUUGCGAACCUCUUGGUCAUCAUUCCAUCAGGAAGAAUGCAGUUGAUUAAAAAUAACAUAGCAAUCGAACGUAGUCAAAGCGGUUGUAAACUGCUUCGAAGGAAAAAAGUAAACGAGAUGAAGUUAAAAGUAGAAUGUGCUUAAAAAUAUUUAGCAGAAAUGCUUUAUAUAUAUUUACAGAAUAUAUACACCGUGCGCGCGCACGUCCAAGUAUUUUUACUGUGCGUUAAUAAUAAUUGCAAUAAAAUAGUACACAAAAAUAAUUUGCUCGUAGUAAAUAAUCAGGUACAUUCUUAUCGAAACGUUUUUAGCAGUUUUUUUUCCCCCUCGGAUCGCUCUGUAUUGUAAUUAUAUUUUCAUCUUCUGUAUCGGGUAAAUGAAAACUCUUCCUUUUCUAAAACAUAAAUGCCAACGAUCGGAAUGAUUAAAAAUUUUUGCAUUGAUUGUGAAGUAUAAAUAAUAUUGAAAUUAUAUACUUAUAGUUACCGAUCUUUAAGAAACAUUUCCAUCUAUAUUCACAAAAAUUAAGUAUUUCAAGGUAUUCGUGGUAUCGUGUUUUCCCUAUAUACGAGGUGAUUUCUUACAUUGUGACAAAUCCAAUUAUCGCCUAUAGUUUGAAGGCGCGCUAUACACUGCGUCUGCGUAUAUACUGUGUGGAACAAAAUAUAGGGACUUUUAAAAAUUUUGUAUACAUAAUUACAAAUAUAAAGUUUUUGAGAUCAAAAGUAUAGGAAUUGUUUGAAUUUACUUUUAAAACGCACCACGAUCUUUUCUUUCUUCAUCUUUACCCUAUAAAAAUUAAAAAAUAAUUAAUCUAUAUCCAAGGUUUAAAGAUACAUAUUAUUUCAAAAUCUUUUAGAAGAAUGUGCAAUUUUUAUUUUGUGAAUUUAUUCUAAUUAAGAAAUUUUUUUUAUAAAAUGACAAUCUCAAUCCUACAGAAUAAUACAAACCAGAUUUCAUUAAAGGAAUUAUAGUAAAAACAAAAAUGUAUGCCCACUUCGACUGCCAAAUAAUUUUUUCAUAAAAAAAUUUAGCACGUCAAACUAUUAUAUGGGCUUAACCCAACAAUAAAAUUACAAUUUUGAUUCUAUAAUAAAUAUCUGAACAAAAGAUUAUAUUUUUCAUUCAGAUGGUUUCUAAAUUUAUUCUUAAACUUUAGAAAUAAUUAUGUGUGCCCCUUUUUGAUGUCAUCCUGUAUAAAAGGGAAAGAACCGAUUUAUGCGAAUACAGGAAAUGAGAUAAAUUUUUAAAUAUUUAUUACACGCAAGACGUACGUCAAUAUUUUAAAAAAAUGCAAUAAUUCGAAUGUCAUUUAUGAAAAUAAAAAAUGACGCAGAAGAUUGUAUCACUUUUCUUUUUUUUAAUUAGCAUACUUCGUUACAUACUUCGAAACGUAUAAUGGAGUAUAAUUAUUACUUCUGUAUAGUGUUGGGGUUUCGCGUACAUUUUACUAUUAAUAACAUAGAUAAUAAUUGAUCAGAUUCCAUCGUUACUAAUUCUUUUUCAAUAUAAUACUUGUUUACAAAAGGAACAACCAUUACUCCAACAGAUUUAUCAAUUUGACUCUCGCUUUGAUAAAUGAGCAAAUUAUUUCAUUCGCAUAUAAAUUUCUUUUCUAUUAUUGAUUUUCAAACACGUAGCAGGUGCCAACCCACAUUAAAAUAUAUAUACAAUUUUAUGUAUUACAUGUAAUGGGAUCUAAUGCGUAGAGUUUUCUGGAAUUACAUUAUAAAUUGCAUAGUUUACUUUGAAUUCUGUUUUUAUUAUUUUCUGUUUGUUCUUGUAUCUGUUAGUUUCUAUUUUAUCUCAAAGUACCUAUUGUUUCGUGCAUAUUGUGUACCUCACUUGCUCUCUACAUUUCUUCCGCACAAUUUCUAUCUUUAUACUUAUCAAAUAAUAUAUCUAAUUUAAAAAAAUGUUGCCUGUAUUUCUUUUUAUAUUUCAUUCGAACCAUAUUUGAUGGUCUAAGAAAACGGUGAUCGUAACAAUUCUACUUUAAUCUUGGAUUUGUAACAGAUGCGACAAGAAUGCAGACAACAUUAUGCUAUCUUUUAUAUAUUAAUUGAAAAUAUAAGAUUUCUUUUCAAACAAGUAUUUUAGUUUAUAUGGAGCGCGGUCAUGAAACGUUUAAAUAUUGCAGAUCCGUGUUGCGUCGUUCGAUAAUUUUAUAUUAACACGAGAAAUUAAUGUACAAUAGAAGUAAAGAAUAAUAUUUUUUAUGCGUUGAAACUUUCGAACAUUAACGUUAUUGCGUACGAUUAUUUUUCAUUAAUGUACAUAAUUAUAAUAAUGUUUAAAAUAAAGGAAAUGAUACUUUUCAUUUAUAUAAACAACGUUCAACUUUGCAAAAUUAUAUGUAUCAUAACGAUGAUCGCUUAACGUAAUAACUUAUACAAUAAAAGAUAUAUUAUGUGGUAAUAUUCUUUAUUCAUUUUACAGUUUGUAUUCGAUGUAAUUUUUACUUUUAUAUUUUGUAGAGCUGCCAUUGUAACAACAUUGUGAGAACUAAAUAAGAUCGGAAAAGUUUUAAAAAGAAUGGUACUUAUUGUACCAUUAUUCCGCGAGAAGAAGUCACAGCGUGUUUACAUCCCCACUCUUCCUGCAGUCCGCUGAUUGGCUGUCACCGAUCUUCCGUGACAGCCAAUCAGCUGACCGUGUGUCAGCGGACCGCGACAGGAGUGGGGAUGUAAACACGCUGCGCAUUCUUCUCAUGGAAGAAUGGCAGUUGAUACUAGUCGAGGCUUCUAGGCGGUGAAGUCGUAUUUCUUAGAGAAAAUUAUUUUCACGUUUCCCUGGCAUUGCAGCUACGCUUCGUAUUCGUAUUGAUACAGAUAUCAUUACGUCAUUUGAUUCUUAAACUCUUCAGGGACUUCUUUUUUUUUUUUUUUUUGGGGGGGUCUAUUUAUUAUUAACUAUAAUUAUAAAAAAAAAAACUAAACGUCCACAUAUGUGGCCAAGGGCGUGAAGAGGUCAAUGAAGUUAGAUGCAAUGCUGAUGAGACAUUCGAACAAUUUCCUCCAUGAUGAUCAUGACUUGCACCAGGAAGCCUAAACUAAUAUCGGUCACACCUCAAAUAUCUUAAUAUUUGUUAUGGUUCAAUAUCAAAAAAAAAAAUUUGUUAAAUUAGGAAAUGGAAAUGAAUAUAAAAUCACGUAACAAACACGUCAAACGAACUAAUCUAAACUGUAAACAUAGAAGAUAAUACUCUCUUUUUUGUUUUAAUGUUCUUGUAAAUACUUUCCCCGAGAUAUUUUCCUAGAAUGUUCAUA